CCCCGGGUUACCGCCAACGGGAGGGGAAAAAGGACAAAAUUCUCGCAGACCGAGAAACGCGGAGGAGGGCAGAGCCGCGCCGGGGAGGAGAGGCAGGCCGGCGAUCGGCCAAUAGGAGCGCGACUCUCCGCACCGCCCGCGGCGGGCCGGCCGAUCGGCGGCGAAGAGGCGCCGCCGGCUUUCUGCGCCUCGUCCCCCGCGCGGGGGGACCCGAAGGCGGCCGGGUGGAGAUGUGCCCUUCGGCGCGGGCGACGCUCGGCCCGUUCCCGCCGGGAAGAAGCCUCUCCGCCCGGCAGCUCCCGGCGAUGCGUCCCGCGGAGCACUCCCGCCUCGCUCCCCGAGCCGGGCGCAGACGGCGAUCAUCGCCGCGGCGCUGCCCCCGGCGCCCUGCUGACGCUCGGGCCGGGCACGGUCGUCGGCCUCGGCCCAGCCUCCCCCCCCCGCCCCGCCGCCCCUCCCUCCCGCUCCCAGAGGCUCGCC